AUGAGCAGAGACUCAAGGAAGGCAUUUGUCAAGAAACUCAGUGGUGUAAUUACCGACUCCCUUCCAGAAGUCCUUCAGCUUCUUUCCAUCAUUCCUUUCCUCCCUUCUUUCCUUUCUAUAUUUCUUCAUCUAUCCUUUAUCAUUUCUUUGGCAAUAAUCUUCCUUUCUACUGACUAUCCUUUCUACUUUCUUUCCUUUUGUUGUUUUAUAACUUCCUUUCUAUCUUUCUCUUAUCUUUUCUACUUCUUUUCCAUCUUUGCUUGUUUAUUUAUUGAUUUUCUUCUUUCCUUCCUUCCUUCCUUCCUUCCUUCCUUCCUUCCUUCCUUGCUUUCUUCCCCUCUUUAUUUCUGCCUUCCACUCAAAUUUUCCUUUUUCUUUCUUCUUCUUAGCUUAUUUAUUUAUUUCCUUCCUUCCUUCCUUCCUUCCUUCCUUCCUUUAUUUCUGCCUUCCACUCAAAUUUUUCUUUUACUUAGCUUUCUUUAUCAAUACUUUCUAACCCCUUUUUUGAUCCCUUUCAAAUCUUUCCUCUUUUCAAGCCUGCUUCCAUUUUCUUCUUUUUCCUGUGUAUUUUUCAUUUCUUUCUUCUAUCUUCAAAUCUUCCCUUCAUUUUUUUUGUCUCAUUUUCUCUUUUCCCUCACCCCUAAGUCUCACUCCCUCCUUUACUGCCAGAUCUGUCAAAAUCUUUUGUGCCGCUUCCUAGGAAAACUAAUACCAACCUACUUAUAUGUCUUUUGUCUAAUUUUGCAAUCCUCACUCGAAUUUACUUGA